AUGUCACAGACCCACGUGCUUCACGCUCAUUUUUUGAAGCGCAUUUACGGAUUGAUUCGCCACAGGAACACCAUUGAUCUCUUUUAUUUCAUCGAGUACAUGGAGGGUCGCUUGUUUAUAGCUGGGAGAUGGUUCAAGUACGCUAGCACCCGAAAUGAAUUCGACAGUCGUCAUAAGACUGAAAGUUUGUCUGAAAUUGAAUCUAAAGUAACUUUUAACAAAGAAGACUAUAUGCUGAUUAGUGGUAAUGUAAAAUCUGUCGCUGUAUACACGCGAGAAAAAAACCCGAGAGUAGAUGUAAUGGAAAGAGCGCGACUAGUAGUAAGCGCUAAAAAUGGAAUUUCAGUGGCUGAUUUAAAAAAAUUCAAUCACAAAGGGUCGGGGUUGAGUUUUAGAUUUAGAACAUUAAAAAAUUACCAUGGGCUCGUCGGUGUUCUUCUGAAACUGUACCAGCCUGACUCUGGUGACAUUUUCGACAUCCAUGUCUCCAUUUUGGCCCUCGAUGUCAUCUCCGCCGUUGAGGUACGGAAACAAAGGAGGAGGAGUUACCCGCGUCGCUUCUUCUCCGUAAACUUCGUGGCCUGCUACAUCGUGAGCUUGCAAUAA